AUGAUAGUGAAGGAAGUUGAAGAAAUGGACGACCGGAUACCUGAGUUUGUGGGUGAAAAGACCCAGCUAAACUAUGUGGUAACGGAGCUGGACGAUAAUCCAGCUGAGGUUAACAAUAGAGUUGAUAAUAAGGUAUUGGAUUAUUAUAUUGAGAGUGCAUCAGAGGACGAGUUUGUUUUUAACAGCCAAAGGCAGCCGACGAAGUUUAAGUCUGAAUCAUUCCUCAAAACCUUUAAGACUCUCGUGGACAUUUCAACUGAGCCUUUGUUGGACGAGUGCUACUCACUUUCCUCUUCUGGUUCUGAGGAUUCCGAAGAUUCUGAGUCAUUUUCACUCAUUCCAAAGCUCUCUUCUUUAUCUAACAAGUUCAUCAAACACACUACUAGUCUUUUUAACAACUCUCAGGACAACUUGGUCGACACUCAGCUUGAUGAUGAUGAAGUGGGCCAAGAGGGUGAUCAAGUGAAUGAGGAGAAAGGUAAGGAAUGGAACAUUGAAGGAAUUGCCAAGUGGUUUUAA